CAUGCGAUCACAUCGAUGGUUCAUGUACUUGUGAACCUGGAUGGAUCGAAGCCAUAUGCGAUGAAAGGUGUGUUCGAGGUUUCUUUGGACAAGAUUGUCUGGAACUUUGCGUGUGCCAGAAAAACGCAUCAUGCAGCCACAUCGAUGGAUCAUGUACCUGUUCGUCCGGAUGGGUUGGUGACAUAUGUAAUCAGCAAUGUCCUGAGGGGUUCUUUGGUAGUGAAUGCUUAGGGCAAUGUCAUUGUGAAAAUGGUGGAGCUUGCCAUCAUGUCGAAGGAUCAUGCCUCUGUACACCAGGCUGGGUUGGACCUACGUGUGGAGACUGGUGUGAAGAGGGUUUCUACGGCCAAGAUUUUCAAGAAACAUGCUCGUGCCAAAAUGACGGAACGUGUCACCAUGUCAAUGGAUUCUGUAUUUGUCAAUCUGGAUUCAUAGGAUCCAUGUGUGAAGAAACAUGCCCUCUAGGAUAUUAUGGGUACAACUGUGUGGACGCAUGUACUUGUCGUAACAUCGCAUCGUGCAAUCCAAUGGAUGGUUCGUGUAAUUGUCCUCCUGGAUGGGUCGGUUUACAGUGUAAUGAAUCGUGUUCAAGGGGUUACUAUGGACAUAUGUGUCAAGAGCCUUGUGGAUGUCAAAACGAUGCAGAGUGCAAUCACAUAGAUGGGGCGUGCACUUGUCAGCAAGGAUAGAUCGGGGAUUUGUGUGACGAAAGCUGCUCUUCUGGUAACUAUGGUCACCAAUGUUCUCUUGUCUGCCAGUGUCAAAAUGGCGCUGCCUGUCAUCACGUAGAUGGCUCUUGUGCCUGUUGAGCUGGAUGGAUGGGGGAGAUCUGUGCCACACCUUGUCCAGAAGGCUGAUUCGGUUCCAACUGCACCGAGCUCUGCCGCUGUGAAGAAAAUGGACGUUGUAAUGCUGCUGAUGGGUCGUGCUCAUGCGAUCGUGGUUGGGAAGGCAUGCAUUGUGGACAACAGUGCCCUCAAGGGUCCUUUGGACAGAAUUGUGCAGAGAAAUGUUCAUGUCAGCAUGGCGGUUCAUGUGAUCCGGUGGAUGGAUCAUGCUUAUGUAAUGCUGGAUGGGGAGGGCCCAACUGCGCUGAAAGCUGUCCCGAUGGCACAUUCGGUAACGGUUGUUCCGAAGUAUGCGCAUGUAACCAGCACGGUACUUGUGAUCCAGAAGUUGGAUGCGUGUGUGACGCAGGAUGGUUAGGUCAGGAUUGUAACAGUGCCUGUCCUGAUGGCACGUAUGGUCUGAAUUGUUCUUCGACAUGCGACUCUUGUAGCACGAACAGUUCGUGUAAUAAGGAACUUGGCUGCUUGUGUGACCCAGGUUUUACUGGUCCUAGUUGCGAGGAACUGUGCGCCAAUGACACUUACGGCCCAGAUUGUGCCCAUACUUGCGCAUGUAUGAACGGUGGGGUUUGUGAUCCCGUCCUUGGGUGCAUAGACUGUGUUCCAGGAUGGAUAGGUGUCGGGUGUAAAGAUAUAUGUCAAGACGGUACCUUUGGUCUCCAUUGCAGCUCGGUGUGUAACUGUCAGCUGACUGACUUCUGUGAUCCAGAGACUGGAUACUGCCAAGUACUCAACGUUGCUGCUGCUGAGACCAAAGAGCCGAGACACAAACAAGACCAGUUAGGAGUAAUCACUGGUGUCACCGUCGGGAGUGCUAUAGUGAUAUUUGUUGUUGUUGCAGUCAUUGCCUACGUCAUUCGACGAGUAAAGCACCGACCACCACAAGCAAUUUACAGUGUUCCAAAGGCCACAGCUGCUCGUUCUCAUCGGAUAGACAGUAAUGGUGAUAAACCAGACGAACUCAAUCAUAACUCAUUAGGCAAACCGGGAUCGCAGUCGGAUUGGAAGUCAACAUCGAAUGGUGAUACGGGAGAGACACGUCAGCAGUACUUGGAAGGAAGCGUCGAGGUCAUCAGCGUUAGCAUGCCACAAGAUGACAUCGUCGAGCGGGAAUCCAGCUUAUAAUAUCCUACGAGUCAUUGUGUGUGGCUGCUCUAAGCAUAUAUUUAAAAAAUUAAAAACUACAUGAAAUACCCAAUCGUUUGUAGCUCCUUUAUGCUCUAUAUUCCUAAAACAAAUUGGACCCAAAUUGGACCAAAAGAUUCCCUGUGGAAAAGUGCUCUUCUUAUUUUCAUACAAGGUAAACGAUGAAAGAGGUACAUUUUUUUCAAUCCAAUAUGCCUCGCCCUUUAGGCGAUUACAAUAACUCUGCACCGGGAAAAUCCAUGUAAAUGUUUGGCAAUAGUUCCAAACAUUGCUCAUUCAUUGCUACUGCAUACUAUCUUGUAUAAUAAUCAUGAUGAAAACUGUCAGUUGAGUAAGUUGUAGUCCACGAGAUGAUUGUAAUGUUCUUACCAAAGAAAUAUUGAUACAUUAAGUGGGCUUGUUUCCAAGAUGAUAUGAUAAACCAUUGUCUACGCUACCAUUCUACCAUUUUUGUUUUCGGUUUUAUUAUGUUCAUAGCAAGCACAAAGUGCUCGCUUAUCAGUGCAAUGUCAGCUCAGAUGGUUUAAUAUUAUUAGUGAGUUCUUUAUUUGUUGUUCUUUGUUUUGGGGGACGGGUGACGAAAAUAUCCGUAACAGCCCUCCUCGUACCAGUUAUUACGAAAAUGCCUUUAGUUUUUUUCCAACAGCUCUGGCGUAGCUCCAGGGGGCACUUGUCUCGCCCCAUAUAAGGAACUGAUAACAUAAGGUGGACGUAUAUGAAAAAGAAAAAAAGAAAGAGAAAGACAAGGAAACGGGAAGGGAUAUUGUGUGUGUGAAAAUAAGAUGGUACGACACCCUCCAACACUCGAUUGCCGUGUUCUCUCGCAUUUCAUUGCCGAGCAAGAUCGGUGUUCAGCCCCCACAAAGAAGGGCACCUUUAGUAAAUGGAUUUUCGCUACGCUAUUUUCCACCACUAUACAUGUAUAUCUUCAUGCUAGUAAAUAUACAUGUUCUACUAUUGCCAUUUUGUAGAAUAUCAUGUGGUAGAAGUGUCUAUCUACGAGAAAGUGCAGUUGAUAUUAGGCAUAUCAAAAAGACGUUUGUAAAUAUUUUGUUUAUAUUUUAUAUUUUCCGUAUAAAGGUGAGGAGGGCGGUAAUUAGAUAUUGCUGUACUGUUCGUGUCAUUUACGCAGUCUUUAGGUGUUGAUGCUCAGGUAUAUACGUAAAUCAUAUUGCUUU